AUGCAACUUGUAAUGGUCAACUUCCUCAUCAUGUUUGACGUCGUAUUUGUAUUCUUCUUAUUCCUCAUCGCUGUUACAUGUAUCAUGAAUUAUAUGCCGGGGAGGAAGAGACAGGAAGUGACGCAAGAAGAAGUGGAAAGUGACGUCAUUCCUCCCCCACCGCUGUUCGCAGGUGAUGAUUACCAAAAGGAGAGAGAUACAUAUGUUGUUAUAUCACCGCCGCUUGAAAAUGCUAGGAAGGAUGGGUGUCCAAUUCACGUUGUUUAG